CGUACCAUGUGAAUCAGUCAUGUUUUGUGGGACACUAGGUCAUGUUAUUGUUCCUGUUUUCUUCUAUAUGCUUUCUACUGACUGUUGGCUAUCAUUUACAGCUACAAAUGCCAGUUUGGCCAUGCUGUUUACAUCAAAGAAAGAUUACAUGGAUUAUUAGAGAAAGUGAGAGAGAGAGAGAGAGAGAGAGAAAGAGAGAGAUAGAGGUGAAGCUGGCAGAGUGGGUGGGAAGGGGAGGAUCUUGAGAGACAGGAUGAGUAGGAAGAUCUGUAAGCUGUCAGAUUCAGUUUUUCUCUACAGAAGCUUUAACACUUUGCAUCAUUACGCCUGGGAAACCGAGGGACAGCCCACUAAAUCAGGACUUUGGCAUAUUGUUGCCGUUAGCGUGCCAAGGCACUGAGGAGAGAGAGGAGGUUCGGCCAAUAAGCACAAGCACAGGAGAGAGGUCCUGCAUGUUGUGGAACGUCAGGAGGGAAGUGAGAGCGUGUUAAAGACAGAUGGUCUCUCAGUGGAGUUGUUCUUUUUUCUGUCUCUUGUUCUCACUCUCUCCUGGAUGCUGCUCCCCUCAGCUGAACGGGAUCCAAAGUGUUACCUCAUGAUCUUCAUCCUUCACUGCUCCUCUUCCUCCUCCCCCACACAAGCAUACCUGUUGGCUUGCAGAGCUCCUUUUAUCCUCUCCCUCUCUCUUUGUCUUCUCACAGGUUGGCUAUGAUGAUGGAUUUUUUUUCGAUGAUGAGAAACCUCUAAGUGUCCUUGCCUUUGGUCCCCUACAGGCAAUUUAACAAGCACAGACGUAGAUCUUCGUCAGGAAACUGUGACAGACGGGAGGAUGACGACAAAAUAGCUAGAGAGAGAGAGAGAGAGUAUAAGAAAGACGACCUACUUGAUCAAAUUUCAGGGAACAUUUGCACCUAAUUUCAUCCGAGAUAUCAUAAGCUAUAAUAAUAAGACAAUGCUGCCCAGCUCUGGGAUGCCAAUGCUGAUACUAGCUCCACUUCUGCUAAUUGGCCCUCUAGUGGUCAUGGGGCAAAAUGACACGGAGCCCAUAGUGCUGGAAGGUAAAUGCCUGGUGGUCUGUGACUCCACACCCUCUUCAGAACCAGCAGGUAACGCACUGGGGAUGUCCGUGCGUUCAGGUACCGGCCGUGUGGCCUUCUCCGCCACACGGCAAACCAACCAUGAGCCCACAGACAUGAGCAAUCGCACCAUGAUCAUCUAUUUUGACCAGAUCUUGGUGAAUGUCGGUGGUCAUUUUGACCAAGAGAGCAGUAUCUUCCUUGCUCCGAGACGAGGGGUGUACAGCUUCAACUUCCAUGUGGUAAAGGCAUACAACAGGCAAACCAUACAGGUGAGUUUGAUGUUGAAUGGGUGGCCGAUGAUCUCAGCCUUUGCUGGAGACCAGGAUGUGACACGAGAAGCAGCCACAAAUGCUGGGCUUGUGAUCAUGGAAAGAGGGGACAAGGCUUACCUCAAGCUAGAAAAGGGCAACCUAAUGGGAGGCUGGAAGUACUCUACUUUUUCAGGCUUCCUGGUCUUCCCUUUAUAAAGAUGACCAUGUGAACAGCUGGGAGAGAGGGUGACAUGCUCUCUGGUGGUUUAUUUUACGAAAAUGGAAUCCACAGAAAACAUCAUAUUUGUUCUUCCUCUCUUUUUUUAACAGCAGAGCAGAGAAAAUGCAGAAAAUGAGAUGUUAAAUGUUAUAAUUAAAUAUAUAUUUUGUUAUUUAAAAAUACAAUUAAUAUUAUAAUUAAAUAUUAUUGAGAACCAGGCCAUGUGAUUUGAAAAUCACUAAAAAGUCACUCUUUUUUGUAAUGUGUAUGGUUAAACUGAAAAAAAUGACGUUAUGGAAAUACAAUGAGACUGUCCUAAUAAUAUAUUUGAAAAUAUGUAUUUCAGGGUUUUC